UCGAACAUCGACUUAGGGUAGCUCAGUUGAAUCACAGUGUUUUACUCUUCUACACUGUGCGAUAACUGUGUGUUAUCUGUCACUGUGCAGCCUCCGGUGCAGAGUAACCAGCUUCACUUCAACAGAACGCAACAGUGAGUCGCUUCGAACCUCAAUUCCCUUCUUGAGCCCCCGCAAGAGCGCACAAGCUGCCAUGGCUACCGAAGACGCCAGAUACCGUUCUUCAAGCCAGUACCGCGUCUGGUCGUACAGCCCUGCUCGCCUACAGGAGCUUCGCGCAAGCACCAACGCGCUCGCGAAGCAACAGAUCGCACCUCAUCUACCCGCCGAUCCCGCACCCGACUUCGUUACAGCAGAGGAGGAACUGCGGCUAGUACAAUGGGCGACCGUGGAGCUCCUUCGCGCGGGCGAAUUUCUCGGGAUCCCAACCGAAAUUCGAGCGACCGCGGCCAUCUUCUUCCGCCGAUUCUACGUCACCAACUCUGUCAUGACCUACGCGCCGACCGAGCUCCUCAAGACGUCGCUCUUCUUCGCAUGCAAAGCCGAGAACCACCACAUGUCCCUGGGCGAGCUCAGCAGUAAGCUGCAGGGCACGACAGCGGAGCAGAUCCUGGCGGGCGAGUUCUUACUGUGCCAGGGCAUGCGGUUCUGCUUCGACGUGCACCAUCCUUUCCGCGCACUGGAGGGCGCUAUCUUGGAACUCAGGCGGCAGGCGCCCCACGAAGAAGAGCGGAUCCGCCAAGCACACGUACGGACGCGGGAGAUUCUCAAAUUUAGUCCGUUGAUGACGGAUGUUUACUUUCACUACACGCCGAGUCAAAUCAUGAUGGCCGCGCUGCAGAUGGUGGACGCAGGGUUCGUGGACAUGCUCAUACCGGGGAGCGGCAGCGGAGAUGAUACGGCCACUGCUGCCUAUACGCAAAUGCGGGACAGGAUCAUGGGCGCGAUUGCCAAUUGCCGGACCAUGCUGGAGGAGGAGCCCCCGAGUAGGCUCACUGAGUUCUGGAUCACACCCAUGAAGCCAUUGCGUCGAAAGCUUCAGAAAUGCCGGGAUCCCGCUCGACUCGAUCUCGUUGCGUACCAGAGGUCGAAGCGUGAAGAAGCUCUGAACAAGGAAAAGAAAGACGCCAAUAUCGCAGACGACGAUGUGUUUGGUGGCGGCGGCAGUGCGCGCGACACCAAGCGCAGAAAAGUCGACGCGGUUGAAGACCCUUUUGGACCGGCCCUAUGAGUCGACUCAACAUGGCCAACUCGCGAGGCGGCGAGCGCUGGCUUGCUGACAGACGAACAAACGCGAUUUGCUGUCGCGACCUUGGAGACGCAACGGGAGAGCUUUGGUCGAUACCCCCCCAGCUCUUGUUCUCGAGCUGAGAUACAGCCCGUCACGGACGGCUACCAACCCGCCCUUGCCAAGCCAUAACCAUUGAAGGGCAGAUUUUGCAAGAAGCUCAUGUAUCGACUUUC